CUCCUUAAAAUGUCAUAAAUAUUUGCUGUUACAUAUAAAGAUUCUAAAUAUAGAUUUAUUUAUUUAGGCUAAAGAGACUUGUUUCGAAAUAAAAAAGUUUUAUCUGCAAGCUAAAGAGACAUGGAUUUUGUUGCACUGGCCACCAUUUCUGAGUUUCUUCUCAUGUUGGUCUUUCUCCAAGCAGGAGCAGGGUCAGAUCAAGGGAUCGGGUUCACUUUCAACGGCUUCCAAUCGGUUAAGUUGGAGCUGGAUGGGAUUGCAGAAUUCACCAACAAUGGCCUCCUCAGGUUGACAAACGAAACAAGGCAGAUGAUAGGCCACGCGUUUUAUCCCGACCCAGUGCCCUUCAAGAACUCAAGUGAGGGCUCUGUCUUCUCCUUCUCCACCACGUUCGUGUUUGCAAUCAUCUCCAAGGGCCCAGCUGUGGGUGGACCAGGGAUUGCCUUCGUGGCCGCCCCCCAAAGGGGCCUUCCCGGCGCAUUUCCAAGCACGUACCUUGGACUCUUUAAUGUGACAAAUAACGGGGACCCCACUAAUCACGUAUUUGCCAUCGAGCUCGACACGGUGCAGAGCCCUGACUUUAAGGACAUCAAUGAUAAUCAUGUUGGGAUUGACAUCAACGGGUUGGUCUCAGCCGAAUCUGCUUCGGCAGGUUACUAUCCCGAUGGUGGUGCUGGAAAAUUUGAGAACCUGACUCUGCUCAGCGGCCGACCUAUGCAAGUCUGGGUGGACUAUGAUGGGAUCGAGAAGAGAAUCGAGGUAACCUUAGCACCCUUCAAGGCUGUGAGACCAAGCACUCCACUCCUCUCCCUGUCGCUUGAUCUCUCGACAAUCGUAAAGGAGACCAUGUUUGUUGGGUUCUCAUCCUCGACAGUGUUAAUCUUGGGAUUGCUCUAUUACGUUAGAAGAAAGAGGAAGUAUGCAGAGGUUCUUGAGGACUGGGAACUCCAGUACGGGCCCCACCGGUUCAAGUACAAGGAUCUCUACACCGCGACGGGGGGAUUCGGGGACCAGGAGCUGUUGGGGACCGGUGGUUUUGGGAGUGUCUACAGAGGGAUACUACCCACUUCAAAGUUUGAGAUCGCUGUGAAGAGGAUCUCUCAUAAUUCCAAGCAAGGGAUCCGGGAAUUUGUGGCGGAGAUCGUUAGCCUUGGCCGGCUCCGGCACCGCAACCUAGUCACACUCCUUGGGUACUGCCGGAGGAAGGGUGAGCUCCUUUUGGUGUACGAUUAUAUGCCGAAUGGGAGCCUCGACAAGCACCUCUUCAACCAACCCAAAGUCACCCUCAAUUGGACCCAAAGGUUUAGGGUCAUAAGGGGUGUGGCCUCAGGGCUCUCGUACCUCCAUGAAGGGUGGGACCAGAUUGUGAUUCACCGAGAUAUUAAGUCAAGUAAUGUCCUUCUCGAUGCCGAAUUGAAUGGGAGAUUAGGAGAUUUCGGGCUUGCAAGGCUGUAUGAACACGGCACCGAUCCACAGACCACCCACGUGGUGGGAACUCACGGGUACCUUGCUCCGGAGCACACCAGGACAGGCAGGGCCACGAAGGCUACAGAUGUCUUUGCAUUCGGGGCAUUCCUGCUAGAGGUGGCAACUGGAAGGAGGCCGAUCGAGGCAAGAGGUACUGAGGAUCUGAUAUUGGUUGACUGGGUCUUCUACUGCUGGAGCAGAGGAGGGGAGAUUCUCGAGGCAAGGGACCCAAACCUGGGUGAAGAGUUCGUGGCCCAGGAAGUUGAGCUGGUGCUGAAGCUGGGCCUGGUGUGCUCGCACCCAGAGCCUGGUGUGAGGCCAACUAUGCAGCAAGCAGUGCAAUACUUGGAAGGAGACGCGCCAAUACAGCACCUAUCCUCCUCCCUUGACACCUAUUCGAGUGGAUUAAGGAUCAAACAUGGAAUGGAAUUUGAUGAUUGUGUUAUGCUGCACCCUUCCUCAUUGGACAAUGGAUUCUCAACCUCGUCCACUGUGGCAGACUCACUUCUGUCAGGUGGAAGAUGAUUGAUAUAUCUCCCAUUGAGAUUUCGUGUUGGAAUUGUCUGUACUAAAUGCUUCCUUUGUACCACUGUAAAAUUCACAGGGUUUUACUAUGUGUCAUGUAUCAUAGGAUAGUUUUUCUUUGGAAUCUAUGUAUUAUACCUUGGAAGCAUCCAUUUAUCCCUCGAAUCCGGGGACGACAGUAAGCAUACAGAUGGAAACGAUUUCCUCAGGGUUGUAUCCUGUGGUCCUGGUCUUCGUUCGCUUGGUUCAUGAUAUUAAGGGGGUACUCUCAAAGGAUUGGGAUGUCCAAAUUCAUCAUGUGUUUCGAGAGAGAAACAAUUGUGCGGAUUGACUUACUCGACAUUCUAUCAUUCGGCCUCUUGGUUUGCAUUUUCUCUGUUCUGUUUCUAAUGGUCUUGGUUCUGUACAGUUAGGGAAUCUUGUAAGGUUGCUACACCCUGUCUUUGUACUGUUUAGUUGUUUGGGCUUCUGUCACGUUUUCCCACCAAAAAAAAAAAUCACCAUAUUAUCUA